CGCGCUUAGCACGACAGCGCGGAGCAGGCGGUUCGGUUUCCCCGUUUAAACGCGGUUCGGAGAGCAGCCGAGGAGCCCCGGGACGCAGCUCCCCGGUGUGGCGGCGCGGUGGGAGGCCAGCCCCGGGACCUGGGGGCCUGCCGGGCGCGGGAGGCGACGGGCACACGUCUCCUGCACGCCACGCUGGCAGCGAUGGUGAAAGCAUAGGAAACUGUCCUUUUUCUCAGAGGCUGUUCAUGAUACUUUGGCUGAAGGGAGUGGUGUUUAGUGUCACAACAGUUGACCUGAAGAGAAAACCAGCAGACCUUCAAAAUUUGGCUCCAGGCACUCAUCCACCCUUUAUAACUUAUAAUGGUGAGGUGAAAACAGAUGUGAAUAAAAUUGAAGAGUUCCUGGAAGAAGUUUUGGCUCCACCAAAGUACCUAAAACUUUCUCCAAAGCACCCAGAAUCAAACACUGCUGGAAUGGAUAUAUUUGCCAAAUUUUCUGCGUUUAUAAAAAAUUCUAGACCAGAGGCUAAUGAAGCCUUAGAACGUGGUCUCUUGAAAACCCUCCAGAAACUGGAUGAGUAUCUGAACUCUCCUCUUCCUGAUGAAAUAGAUGAAAAUAGCAUGGAAGAUAUUACAAUUUCUACUCGCAAGUUUUUGGAUGGCAAUGAGAUGACACUAGCAGACUGCAACCUGCUACCCAAACUACACAUUGUCAAGGUGGUGGCCAAAAAAUAUCGCAACUUCGAGAUUCCCAAGGAAAUGACAGGGAUUUGGAGAUACCUGACAAAUGCUUAUAGCAGGGAUGAAUUCACCAAUACCUGUCCUGGAGACAAAGAAAUUGAAAUAGCUUACAGUGAUGUAGCCAAGAGACUCACUAAGUAAACAACACUUGCAAAAGAGAUGACUUCUUACGUAUUCCAUAACAAUGCUUCUAACAGACUGCUCUUUUCAUAUAAGAUAGCAAUUUUUUUGCAUGAACUUGCAGUUAUUCAAAGUUAAUGGUGGAUAGACCAGGUACAGUAAUUACCUAAAGUUUGCAGACUUAAUUAUAGCCUUGUUUUUCCUUACCUCUUUUCAUAGCAAGUCUGAAUAUCAUUAACGCAGUUAUGUUAACGUUGCACUGGGAUAACUCUAGAUUCUUUAACAUGAAGAGUUACCUUGCCCCUGCUACUUUUCCUUGCAAACAUUUGGUCCCUGUCUAUGAAUUGGUCUAGGAUACUGUCUUGCUAUAUGGUACCAGGAAUAUUUAUGUAUUUUGGAAUUUAUUGCUUUUCCAGAAGAUUUAUACACAGUUGUCAUAUCUACAACACGUUGAACUGUACCUGUUCAUCUAUCCUCUUUGCAUAUAGAAGGGAACUUACCCAGAAAAGACAUUUGCAGAAUAUUUGGCUUUUU